AGGAGACGGGAGGUAAUAGAAGGAGUAAGGCCAGGAGACAACAACAAAACAAGCAACAACCACAGCAGGAAGAAGAACAUGGGUGGACGAGUGGCACAGAGCUGCUGGCUGCUGCUCACACUCUCUGUGGAAGGUAUUCUUGCAGGUGAUUGGUCAGUUCAUCUCCCCUCGGGUCCUAUCUGUGCUGUGACUGGUUCCUCUGUUGUUCUCCCUUGUUCCUAUGACUACCCCCAAAGUUCUAAUGAAACCGAGGAAGAAGGACGGCUCUCUGCUCAGGGUGGAGGAGGAGGACAGUACAAAGUUUUGUCUGAAAUGUGGUGUCUCGAAGACAGUCGUUGCCUCACAUCAAGAUACGUUUUCCACAGUGAUGGUAUCUUCCCAGAUCCAUCCUACCAGAACAGGGUGGAGUACCUGGGACAACCCGGAACCAGAAACUGUUCUCUGAGGAUUUCUGAUCUGAGGCAGUCGGACAGCGGAGCGUAUGUGUUUUACCUCAUCACCAGCCACCCGACAGAGAAGAUGCCAGAGCAGAGCGGUGUACAGCUGCUGGUGGCAGACUCCUCCAGUGCAGUCACAGUGUCAGCGAGCCCGUCCAGUGACAUCACGGAGGGCGUGGCCUUACGUCUGGCCUGCUGCAGCCCUGCUGCCAGUCCACAGGCUCGUUUCAGUUGGUACAAGAGCACAAGCACCAGCCUGAGACACAGUGGGCCGGUGUGGAACAUCAGUGACGUUACAUCUGAAGAAUCUGGCAGCUACUACUGUGAGAUACAGACUGGAGAUAAUGUGCAGAAGUCAGCAAUAAUGCCCAUUGAUGUAGAGUACUCUCCUCGAAACACAGCUGUCUCCGUCUCUUCUCAUGAAGUGGUACAGGACGGACAUCCUGUAACUCUGACCUGCAGCAGUGAUGCCAACCCGCCUGUCCACACAUACACCUGGUACCAGGGUGCAGCAUGUCUCCCUACAGCAGACAAAAGCUUUUAUCCAGCAAAAAUAUCCCCGGCUAGACCCACAGGAAGUGGCCUGACACUCAGCAGUUCCAGCAUCACCACUGAGCAAUGUGGGCAGCACUGCUGUGUGGCACGUAACAGACAUGGAUCACAGACUCACAGCGUCACACUCGCAGGUCCCAAAGGAGACAAAUCGUUGAUCAUCGGACUGAUUGUUGGGGCUCUACUGGUUAUUAUGGCCAUAGUGGCCAUUGUCAUAGCAAGGAGCCGGAAGCCAUCCAGACAGCAGUCGUACGUCCUCACCGAGACAACUGCUACAGCACCUUAAGGUCUCAGCAAGUCUGGGACAAACACCCUACAACCACCAAAAGCAUAAGACACCUUUUUUAUUUAAUUAAAGGAACUCCUUUGGACACUUGUAUGUUACCUCCAUGCCUCAUAUUGCCAAGUAAACCUCUUUAACACAAGCACAGCCGCCUUCAAACCAGCAUCAAUAACACAUGCUGUAGCACAGUUUGGCCUGCUUGAGGCCAUGACUGAAAUCAAGUACACAGAAUAAAAACAAGUCUGUUGAUAGCGGCAAUCACUCAUACAGUGUGCGACAUCCUGAAGAUCACAUGAUGGACUUUGCUAAACAUUUAAGCAUGCAGGACACAAUUCUGAAAUGUUUACUCCAUGGAUUUCAAUGCACUGAGCUCAACGAAGAUGGGCUUUAAAGACUAAAUGCUUAAUCAGAAAACCAACAGAACUGAAGGAAACUGUCUUUACUCUGUGGGCUCGUGAUCUCAUCAUUGGUUCCAUUUGUUUAAGUGCAAUUGUGCUGCUGUCAGGAUUCAACCAAGUGAUCUUCAAGAAAAGAAUAUUUAUUAAAACAAGAAAAUAGACUGUUGCCUCUUCUAAUGACCAAAAUCCUAGUUUGUGCUCUAGUAGGUUGAACUGCUGCAAGGGCAGAUGUAAAUUUGAAUACAUCCUCCAUGGUUAAUAACAUAUGAAGACCACAUCCAGAGUUAUUGUAAGGACUUGGAUUUUAACAACACGCCACAGAGUGCACCCAGUACUGUGUAAGCAAUGUCCAGAAACAGCUGGUACCGAGAGCCUGUUAGUGAUGAUGAUGAGCCUGAAGAUGAUGAUGCAAAAUAUGGACAUAAUGAUCCAAUUAAACGCUGUUGGCAGUGAGGACUGGGUCACAUCUGUGUGGUUUUGAGUAAACUCUCCAGUGUGAUAAGGCUCUAACAGAUACUGACCAGAGCCUGAGGAUGAAAACCAGGAGGACAGUGACUCUGACACCCGGACAUUCAUUUACAAAAUGUUCUUUGAUAUCAACUCUUCAUCUCAUUAGUCUAUUUUUAGAAUUUUGCUUUAGUCUGAUUUGUUAUAUUGGAGUGAGCUGAGCAAAGGGGUGCAAACGUUCUCUAUUUUUAAAAUGCUAAUUAAGUAAACAAGGAAGUACAGUGCUUCAUUUCCCAAAUGUUUAAAGAGACAGUGUCACAUAAUGUAUGUGCAUAUCACUUGUUGUUUUCUUUGGCUGUGUUUACUGUUUAACAUUUCUGUGAUGUGUUAAAGCUGGAGUAAGCAGUUUUUAUGUAGUUUGUUUUUUGGUGUCUUUGGGCAAAAAAAAAAUCAUUAAAAACUUUGAGUAUAUUGUAAUUUAAGUAAACUGAGAGAAAACUAGACCUCUGCACUUCCUCUUGGCUCUGUUGUCAGGCUUUAGAAAAUCUAGCCUUUGACAGGAGCCUUUGGCCAAUCCCAGAUCAUUUCAGAGAGAGGGCGUUCCUAUUGGCUGUUCUACAAAUGCAGAUGCAUGUGCAUGUCCUAACAGUGGAAACCUGAUUCAAUGAUGGAGCAUGGAGUUGCUUUUCUAGCACUGGCAAAGCAACCCAAAAGAGGAAGACGGACUCAUCAAACAGGAAGCCUAAAGGAUAAAGGCAACAUAUCAGUAUCAGCAAAGUGUUUCAGAGACGGAGAGAAAAUGUUGCUAACAAUUUAGCCUUCUGCUAACCAGAGCCAAAGGUUCAUGGCUGCAGCUGAUUCAAAGGGCUUUAAAGGCCCAUAUAAAACAAAGAGAAGGGUGAUUCUCAUAGAAUUGCCACUAUCCAUAGGCGUACAUUUCAGGGGACGCAGGGGACGCAGGGGACACGUCUCCCCCAAUGCUAGAAUGUGUAUUGGUAACCCCCAAUAAAAACAUAAAAGCAGCACAGGACUUUUAUUUUGACAAACUUAAAAACAUUUCCAUCAUAAAUUGAUGCAAAAAAGGUGCAAAUUGGUGCCUAAAAAUUCUCCAGAGUGCAAGGAAUUAAGAGUUUGACACUCAGAAUUUUCUGAGUGCGGACCCCCAAACCCCCCUUCAUGAGUUCCCCUCCAGUGUUGAAAGAACCCCUACGCCCUUGCCGCUAUACAACAGCAUCACAAUUAAAAUUAAAAUUGGGAUGACUGAAAGAGAUGAUUAAUAAGGUACUUGUACAGAUUACUAUAUGCCUGUGCUCAUCUGGUGGGAGAGGCUUAGGACAAAGAGGGCAAAGCUGCAGCAAGACAGCGUGUUUUCAAAAUCUGGCUUUUUUUUUCCUUUCCAGAAAACUGCCUACCCCAGCUUUAAUGAGAAGUAAGGUAGCUAGCGGUGCACAUAUUAUAAAGCCAUUAAUUCAAACAUAUAUUCAGAACUUCUCAUUUUAAAGCUGUUUUAUGUGUAUGUCAUCUGGGAUUUGUUUUACAUGCAUUUAGUACUGUAUACUGAAGAGUAAUACCAAGAUUUACAAAGUGUGUGAUAGCUUAGAUUGAAUAAAAAGCUUUUUUAACUUUA